UAGUUUCAAAUCGACAAUCGCAGCUUGUACACGACACGGCAACAAAUUAUGGGAAAACUAGUGCUGUACGGCUUGGACCCAAGUCCACCUGUGAGAGCCUGCAAACUGACAUUGGAUGCUUUGAAUCUUCAGUAUGAAUACAAGCUGGUUAACCUGCUGGCUGGUGAGAACAAGACCAAGGAGUUCAAGCUGAAGAAUCCCCAGCACACGGUGCCCAUGCUGGAGAAUGAAGGACGAUAUAUUUGGGAGAGCCACGCCAUCUGCGCCUAUCUGGUGCGGAAGUAUGCCAAGGAUGACGCCCUGUAUCCUAAGGACUUCUUCAAGCGCGCCGUUGUGGAUCAGCGCAUGCACUUUGAAUCGGCUGUACUUUUCCAGAACUGCAUCAGGAACAUAGCACUUCCCCUGUUCUACCGCGAUGAGACACAAGUUCCGAGAUCUAAGAUCGACGCAAUCUACGAAGCCUACGCCUUUUUGGAAGCCUUCCUUGGCGUCGAGUUGUACCUGUGUGGAGCCGGCAUAACCAUUGCAGAUUUUAGUGUGGUGUCGUCGGUGUCCAGCUUGGUGGGCCUGGCACCCAUCGAGUCGACGAGCUAUCCAGGACUCAGCGCUUGGCUGAGCCGAAUGACCGGGAGACAAAACUACCAGACGAUCAAUGGCAACGGCGCACAGAUGUUGAUUGACAUGUUUAAUGCUAAAAUCACAAAGAUCGUGUGACUUUGCGUGAAGAAAGCUUAUCAGCCAAGGUUAAACCUAAGAUGAGGCGUUGCGGUCUCUUGAUUAUGCAAUAAAACGUUUUGUGAAUGGUA